AUGCAGCCCAACGGCGAUCUCGAGAACAAUAACUUCCGAUACACGCCGACCGGAUUUUACGCCCUUGCUCCCCCUUUGAACUCCUUCGAACCUUUCUUACCGAGUCCUUCCACCUAUCCAUCGCAGGAACACCUUGUCAUCAAGCUCCCCCCUAUGGCACCGAAUACCCGCGCUUCAGGACGCCACCGCUCCGCCGCUUCGAGUUCCGAAUAUCACGAGAGUAAUGGAUCUAUGGACGUGGAGGAAGAGAAGUUUCCUGCGGAUAACGACGAGCACCACCAGUCGCCGGUGGUGUAUGAGACUACGUCGCGAGGCCGCAGGAUUCUCAAGAAGUCGUACAAGGAGUCAGCAAGCGAAGAUGAUGCUGUCCUCGACGAUGAACUGAAUUUAUUGCACGGAGGGGCAGAUGGAAUAGACCAAAAUGCAGCCGACGACGAGGACGACCAAGACCAUGCCGGACGGUAUUCUCUGCGAAAUCGUUCUUCGAAAUCUAAGGCGCCUCGCUUAAACGGUUUCAUUGUCAGCGACGAAGAGGGGGAUGUGAAAGUAGGUCGGACGACACGAAGUCAAAGCAAAAAUCUAGUUCCUGGUCAUGAGCACAACGGCAACAACGGUGGUCGUAUUACACGCCGCAGUGGUCUACGUCAGCACCCACAGGCAUCAACAUCGCGUUCCACGCGUUCCCGUACGCGACGGACGCGUCAAGGCGUACGAGAUCAAGACGAAGAAGAAGCUUAUGUAGACGACCCGUCUUCUGCAUCCCUCGACGCGGAGGGGUCAUUGGACGAGGCUAUCAGAACGACGCCUGAACCGGAGGCGGACGAAGAUGCGGACGCAGAGGGUGAUGUGGAUGCCGAUGGUGAUAUUGAGCAGGAGCAGGACGGUCGGCCGUACGCGCUCAGACAAAGGGUAAAGAUAAAUUACGCCAUCCCGCCACCGUUGGAAGACAUGAGACCUCCAACCAAGAGCCGUGCAGGCGGAAAUCGUAGUAUUGGGCGAAAUGGUGGCGGCGGGAAAAGCAAAGCACCUGGUUGGAGUGCAACUGGAGCGGAAUUGAGCCGAUGGAUGGGAGCGCCGCCGGGAGACGAUUCUGAUUCCGAUUAUGCGACUCGCACGCCUCGCAAACCUUUUGGCGUUGGGUCUGUUGGGGGCGUCUUUGCUGGAAAUGCUGGAGGGCUAUUUCCAGGUGAUUUAGCCGCCACCGCCGGCACUCCGUCGAACCUGGGAAAAAUUGGUGAUGCUGCUUUGGCGGAUGCAGACCCUCUUGGUGUUAACCAGAAUGUUACUUUUGAUGAGGUUGGUGGCUUGGAUGAACACAUCAAUUCGUUAAAGGAGAUGACCCUGCUACCCCUCUUGUACCCUGAGGUGUUUCAACGGUUCGAUGUGACACCUCCUCGAGGGGUCCUCUUUCACGGUCCACCUGGUACCGGCAAGACAUUGCUUGCGCGGGCCCUGGCUGCUAGCUGUCGUUCAAACGGAAGGGGCAUCUCAUUCUUCAUGCGCAAAGGCGCUGAUUGUCUUUCCAAGUGGGUCGGCGAAGCCGAACGUCAGCUUCGACUCUUGUUUGAAGAAGCUCGUAAUUCGCAGCCGAGCAUUAUCUUUUUUGACGAAAUUGAUGGUCUGGCUCCUGUGCGCUCGUCAAAACAAGACCAGAUCCACGCAUCGAUCGUGUCGACUCUGCUUGCCUUAAUGGACGGUAUGGAUGGUCGAGGUCAGGUCAUCGUGAUUGGUGCGACGAAUCGGCCGGACGCCAUUGAUCCCGCUCUCCGUCGGCCGGGUAGAUUCGAUAGAGAAUUCUACUUCCCUUUACCUGGGUUGGAGGCUAGAGAGCGCAUACUGACUAUCAUGACAAGGAAAUGGGCCGGCUGGAACGGCGAAAAGGGCGGAGCAAAUGUCAAGGGUUUGGCGAAAAUGACGAAGGGAUACGGUGGUGCCGAUCUCCGGGCGCUAUGUACAGAAGCUGCUCUCAAUGCUGUUCAGCGGCGGUAUCCACAGAUCUACAAGUCCAACGAUCGUCUACUCUUGCAGCCAGAAAGCAUCGACGUUGAGCUGCGAGAUUUCAUGAUCGCGAUCAAAAAGCUUAUUCCUUCCUCCGCGCGAUCUGCAUCAUCCGCGGCAUCACCUCUUCCCUCGCAGUUGGUACCAUUACUACAAGAUUCGCUGGACAAGAUUAAGGAUGUCAUCGGAAAGGUUCUGCCUGUUAGUAAGAAGCGAAGUGCAUUGGAGGAAGCUGAAUAUGAAGACGAAGGCGAGGAGGGUGCUCUGGAACGCGAGCUCAUGAUGCAGUCGAUGGAAUCUCUUCGUAUUUACCGUCCCCGGGUGGUAUUACAUGGGACUGCGGGCAUGGGCCAUGGCUACGUUGCGGCUGCUGUCCUGCAUCAUCUCGAAGGCUACCACAUUCAGAGCCUUGAUCUGGGCAGCUUGAUGAGCGAUUCCACUAGAACACCAGAGGCUGCCAUCGUCCAACUCUUUGUUGAGGCGAAGCGCCAUCAGCCUUCCGUCGUGUACAUACCUUCGUUAGUUAGAUGGUGUGCGGCGCUAUCAGAGGCGUCACGAACGACCGUUCGCUCUAUGCUGGACACGUUGGCGCCAACCGAUCCAGUCCUCCUACUUGCAGUGGUAGAUGGGCCCUUCAGCUCAUUACCCAGAGAUGCUCGUGCUUGGUUCGGACCAAUACGUGAAAAUCGUGUUGAGCUCUUCAGCCCUAGCUCUUUUCAGCGGGAACAGUUCUUUGAUCCGUUGUUGCAAGACGUUCGUCGGCCUCCGAACCACUUCCCAGACGGUAUCAAGCGCAAGAAACGCGUGCUUGAGGACCUUCCCAUAGCCCCUCCCUUGGAACCUCGCCAGCCUACUGCUGCGGAACUCGCUAUGCAAGAAGAGAAUGAUCAGCGGGUGGCAACCCUGCUCAGAUACCGUCUCGGCCCGAUCUUGACGGAACUGAAGCGCAAGUUCAAGCGUUUCACCAAGAAGGCUAUGGAGGAAUACAACUUCGAUUUCAACGCUAUACCAGAGGUCGAGGUGGUCACGGCGGCCAGUGUUGAAGCGCACGCUGACGUAGAUGGUGUGAUCAAGCUAGUAGAGGCGGAACGGACAGAUCAAGUUAUUGACCAGCCUGUCAACGGAAUCCAUCAAAUCCAAGAAUUGGCGCAACUGGUCCCUCCAGCUCAGCCCCAGCUCUUUGACAUGGAUUUGGAACAGAUGCACUAUGAAUUGUAUAAGAACAGGUAUCUGACGCCAGACGAUUUCCUGGACGACAUCCGCAAGAUCGUCCAUAAUGCGAGCGUUCGUGUUCAGGAAGAUCCCGAGCGGUUGUACAGAGCGCAGGCGAUGCUGACCGCGGCUGAAGUCAGCAUCAACGACUUUGAUCCACAGUUCAGGCUCGAGUGCGAGCGGAUGGCGGGUCGAGAGCGGAAACGAAGGGAGGAGCGAAGGAAGAGCAAGGGCAAGGGCAAGGCUGUCGAGGACAAUGCGGCAUCGCAAGCCUAUGCUCCUGGCACUCGGCGCAGUGCACGUCAUAACGGGCAACAACCGGAGAUCUCUAUCACGGAUCCGUUAAAGCUCGAACGUCGGCUGAAGAGACAACGAUCGAACGAAGCUACUGCGACGCCUUCCGAGGAUGAGGCAGGUAGGCAUCUACAGAAACGCUCGAAAAUUGACGAUGACGACGACGAUCGUGAUCCCUUGGAUCUUGUCGGACAACCAUCCACGCCACCGCGGCCUGUUGGGGUGCGUUUCGCCGAGGUUCCAGAGCGUAUGCGAACUCCGCCAUCCCCAUCUCCAGCGGUCAACGGCUUCGAAAGCAUGGACCACGAACCGUCCCGCAGGAAUGGAUUCGAUCCGUCGCUUCUUAAUCCCCUUCCUCCACCUUCCAACGCACUUCCUCCAAUCGUUCCGCAACUCAGUGCUGACGAUAAUCCAUUCCUAACUCCCGCACUCGCGGACGAUCAUACCCAGUUCCUUCGCUCUGAUUCGGAGCAGCAGCCUAACGGGCUCUCGUUGCAUACACCUGAGCCAGAUGUAGCAUUGUAUGCUGUGACUGAAGACCCGCAGGCUGAACGUACGCCUGUCGAACAGCCGAUGGAAAUCGACCGUCCGCCGACUCCCUUGCCGGAUUUUCACAUCGAUGAAGAUCUAUUGUCUGCAUUGAAGGAAACUCUGCGUAACAGCACAGCUUCACUGAAUGUGGAGCAACUCGAGCAGCUGCGUGCCACAUGCCUUGGCUGUGUCUGGAGACAUCGUUCGGAUUGGGAUCGGACAAUGCUCAUGCAUGAGCUCCUUGGCGCUGUUAAGACCUUUGUGGAAGAGGUAUCGCUAGAUGAUACGGAUAUUCCUUCUUCCCCAGUGCACUCAUAA